CUUUGAACAGUGGAGUAGACGUUGCGCCAGUUUUAAGGCAAAGACUAGUAUUGAACUUGGUCACAUCUUCAGUGAUAUCGAAGAUGAUAAUAGGAAGAGCAGUUAGAAAGAGAUCAUUGUGGCUUGGGAGGUGUAUUUCAGUUUCCAGUGCUGAACUGAAUGGGAAGCGAUUCGCAGCCCUUUGGGGAAACGGGGAUCAUGGCAGGCUAGGGCAUGGAAGUCUUGAGUCGCGAUGGACCCCUAAUGCUCUGCCUUCUUCUGCUUUCGAUAAUCAAAGCCUCCGUCAGAUUGCCUGUGGCGGAGCUCAUUCUCUCUUUCUUACAGAACAUGGGCUUGUUUAUGCCAGUGGACUCAAUGAUUAUGGACAGCUAGGGAUGUCAGAUGACAGAGCUUAUAUAACUGAACCACUUAGAGUUGCUGGACUACCCAAAGAAAUUGUAAAAGUUUCAGCUGGUUAUCAUCAUUCUUCUGCUAUUACAGUGGAUGGAGAACUUUAUAUGUGGGGGAAGAACACAAAUGGUCAGCUUGGCCUUGGAAAGAAAGCUGCUACGGUACUGUCUAUACCCAAUAAAGUCGAAUGCUUGAAUGGAGUCACAAUCAAAAUCAUUUCCCUAGGUUUCGAACACUCAAUUGCUGUAACAGAUAAAGGUGAGACUUUGAGUUGGGGUGGGGGACAAUCAGGAAGACUUGGUCAUGGACAUCAAUCAGGCAUUUUUGGACUCUUAAAAAGUGACAGUGAAUACACACCACGACUUAUUAAGGAACUUGAGGGGUUGAAGGUUAAGAAUGUGGCUGCUGGAAUGUUGCAUUCUGUCUGCAUCAGCGCCACAGAGAAUGGAUCUGUACAUAUUUUUGGAAAAAGAGCAAAUAAGAAAUUGGGCUAUAGUGAAGCAUCAAAUAAUUCGGUACCAUCUAUGGUAGAUGGACUUCCAUAUUCUGAAAAGGCUGCAUGUGGAGGCUAUCAUACCUGUGUUAUUACAGGUGGUGGAGAACUGUACGUGUGGGGCACCAAUGAAAAUGGGUGUCUUGGUAUUGGAUCUACAGAUGUCACUCAUUUACCUGAAAAAGUUGAAGGACCAUUUUUGAGGCAUUCAGUUUCUGAGGUAUCCUGUGGUUGGAAGCAUACAGCAGCAAUUUCUGGAGGAAAUGUUUACACUUGGGGAUGGGGAGGCUCCCAUGGGACAUUUUCUGUAGACGGACAUUCUUCUGGCGGACAGCUGGGUCAAGGAAAUGAUGUUGAUUACAUUGAGCCUACAAAAAUCAACUUUCAUAGACACGUAAAAGCAUUGCAAGUAUCAUGUGGGUUUAAUCAUACAGGUGCUAUAUUUGAAUACAGCUAGAUGGAAAAUCAGUCUCGUUAUUUCUUGCCGAGAAGGCAAUAUAAUCUGAUUCUUACGGAAGGUUUGCAAAUCCUCUAAAUCUCACGUAAGUUCAACUUCAGGUUCACAUAUAUAAGCAGUCUGUUAUUCCAGCUUUACACUCUGCCGUUGCUUUCUACCACAUUGUUUCAAACGAAGUUUUACCAUAACAUUCCUCUAAGAACCGGUAUGUAAUUGAUUCAAUUAUGGAAUCAUGGAUAGUCAUUGGUUGGGCUGAUGUAUAGUCUCCUCUUACCUAUUUAAAUGUAACCUUUAUUCUAGACC